AUGUCCAUAAACAAUAAUGUGAUAGAUGUUUUACAAGAUCAAAAGUGGGCGCCUAUACCCUGGAAAAAGUUGCAGGUCGGAGAUAUUAUCAAGGUGAUGAUGAAUUCAAUGAAUGUUCCUUCCAAAAGAAGUAAACUGGAGAGGAAACUUGACAAGCUCAUACUCGCUCUCUUUGCAACACUCUUUAUGAUGUGUUUCAUUGGAGCCAUAGGCAGCGCUAUUUUUGUGAACAAAAAAUACUUCUAUUUACAUCUUGAUUCAUCAGAGGAGGGCUCAACACAGUUCAAUCCAAAAAACAGAUUUCUGGUUUUUAUCCUGACUAUGUUUACCCUUAUCACACUGUAUUCAACAAUCAUCCCAAUUUUUUCACUUUAUGUGUCUAUAGAGAUGAUAAAAUUUAUUCAAUCAACUCAAUUUAUCAACAAGGAUUUGGGAAUGUACCACAAUGAAACUAAUACACCGGCACUGGCCAGAACUUCAAAUCUGAAUGAAGAACUUGGACAGGUGGAAUACAUUUUCUCUGACAAAACUGGGACCCUAACAAGAAACUUAAUGGAGUUCUUCAAGUGUUCGAUAGGAGUAGAGGUCUAUGGAAAUGGUGUGACUGAAAUUGAGAGAGGACUAGCAGAGCGCAAUGGCAUGAAAAUUGAGGAAAAUAGACCGCCCCAUACUGUGCAUGAGAAGGGUUUCAAUUUUGAAGAUGCCAGGCUUAUGAGAGGAGCUUGGAGGAAUGAACCCAAUCCUGAUGCCUACAGACAAUGUAUCAAUGAAGAUGUUGAAAAGGACGAUAUAAAUGAUGAAAUUCAAGAGGACGACAUAAAUGAUAAAAUUCAAGAGGACGACCUAAAUGAUAAAAUUCAAGAGGACGACGUAGAUGACGAAUUUCAAGAGGACGACAUAGAUCUAGAUGAUGAAUUUCAAGAGGAGGAUAUAGAUGGUGAAUUUCAAGAGGACGACGUAGAUGAAGAAUUUAUGGAGGAUAACAUAUCUAACGAAUUUCAAGAGGACGAUCUGGAUGCUUUACUCCUAGAAGACAAACUUGAAUGA